AUGGGGAGAAUUAAGAAGGUGGCUAGCCAAAAGCAUGAGGCUACAAUUUCACCAUUUUUGGCGAAAUUCAUCGCCAAUGCCACAAGCCUUCCUAUUCCAGAGCUUCCUUCCCUUUUCAGCACAUUCCCGAGGUUAUGGCCAUUUCCUCGAGGCGAUCUUUAUCACUGGAUUAACGUCUUGGAUCGGUUCGAUGAGAUCUUGGCUUCCGUCAUCGAGAAAUAUUUCCUGAACACCGGUCCCCAAACACAAUCAUUCAGAAAAAGCGUUUUGGAAGAGUCGUAUGCGGUUAAACCGCCAGCAGAGGGCAUUGAUGCCAAACUGGAUACCCUGGGAUAUGGGUCUGAAGGUGAUCGGGAGCUAGUGGAGGCUAUCUUGGAAUUUUCCCGUCUGUUACUCGAGAAAUGUGGAAAUCGCAGUCUUUAUAGCAGCAGUGAACGUCUGGGAGACCUCUUGAACACUACUUCUUUGACUCUUCUCCAGUCAACUUUGCGCCUGUCUCUCUGCCUAGCUCAACGAUAUCACUCGCGCCAACGCGGCUCUCACCAGCAGAGUAUGCUGGCUACUCAUUACAACAUCGAUUUAGAGAAACUCCAGAAAAUUGCCGCUCCCUUCCCUCGUCCAUUCGUUGCCAGUAAAAAUUCAUUUGCUGCAUCCUCCGCCGUCCAGGCCAAGGGCAAAGAGAAGACGGUCCAGACCAAGCUCAAUGCCAAUGAAUUAACUUCGUUGGUACAAGAUGGGCAAGGUUUUGAAGAAUGGGCUAGUGUCCGGGUUCUCUAUUACCCGUCUGGCUCCUCUGAACAGACGCGGACAACCUCGGAUUUUGGACAAGGCGAUAGUAAUGUUGCUCAUGCGCCAACAACACCUACACCUCUUCGUCGUAGUGCAACUCAUCCCACCCCACGUUUCACUCAGGGCUCAAGCGUGGAUGACUCCCCUGCUACAAAUCCAAACACAAACACAACCACAACCACAACCCCUGGCGGCAAGGGAGAUGAGGCAUCACGAGGUGGUAAAAUCCUGGACUUGCCACACUCUAAACUUGCAUCUGCCAAACCAGAGGAUAUUCUUGCAACUAACAUGCCCCAUCUCCCCAUUGAGUCAAAGUAUGAAUUGCUUCACAAAGUCCGCGUUGCGCAGGCUUUGGCUGGAUCCGUGGAAACUCGUGAGCAGAUUCUUGCGAUUCGUAUCCUUGCUGUCACCAAUCUUGCCUACGUCCAAGCUGAGUCGACAUUCCAACAGAAGGUUCUUCAGUAUGACUUGGAGCAGUCGAAGCGCCUUCAAUUGACAUUCCAGCUGGCUGAGUUGGUGCAUUUGGGUGCGAGUGGAGAUCUUAACGUCUCGCGAAGCCUGCAGACUUUGGCACUUCAGGCACUUGAUGCUUUGGCUAAACAUAAAGCCCGUGCGGUUGAUGUUUGCGCAGCUUUGAGUGUCAAUGUCAACCACGGUGUUUUGAUGUUCCUGACCCGCAAGGUUGUCAACGAGUUGGGUACUGAGGAUGACGAGGGCGAUGAUUCUAGAAAUGAUGAAUGGCGAGAUGCGCUGCUUGCCCUCCUUCGCACCCUCCCAAGUUCAAGUUCGCGUACCCCGGAAACACUCGUCGCAGCUGGUCUUAUUCCUAUGUUCGUUGAUGUCCUCAAUCUUCGUACAGCGAAGGUUCGCCGUGUCUACUCUCGCAUCAUGGAGUUCCUUGAUACCUUUGUUCACGCUGUCCGAGAUGCUCUGGGUACUCUAACUACAUCUAAGGGAUUUGAUGCGAUCUCUGCUCUAAUCGACCACGAGACUAAGACUGCCUUCGAGCACGUCUCACGUGGAGACGGUUUCCCUUCUCAAUUUAAGAACCCGUCAAUCGAUUACCAGAUCCCUUAUUUCCAGCAGCAAGCUCUACGGUGGUUGUUCCGAUUUGUGAACCAUAUCAUGCAGCACAAUGGCGGAGGCUUCGACCGAGUUCUGAGAAAUUUGAUUGACUCUCCCCAGCUUCUUACCUCUCUACGCCUGGUGUUUGAGAACUCACAGAUCUUUGGCUCGCACGUUUGGAGCAAUGCUGUCAACAUUUUGAGUAGUUUCAUCCACAAUGAGCCUACCAGCUACGCUGUUAUUGCCGAAGCUGGUCUCAGUCGAAGUCUUCUCUCUGCUGUGAUGGGCCGCGAGCUCAAGGUGAAGGAGAAGCCCCCUGCGGUGGAACCAGAAGAUGCUCCUGAAACUGCUGCUGAAGGUGAGUCUUCGGGUGAAGUGCCUCCUCUUGAGCCUAUUUCUCCCACCGAAAGCAAGGAGACUCGUGAGUACAUCAUGGCUCGUCAGCCUGACACACCACUCGCACCGGGCAUCAUUGCUGCCGCUGAUGCUCUUGCUUGCAUUCCAUCUGCCUUCGGCGCUAUCUGCUUGAACGCGUCUGGUCUAGAUCUCUUCCAAUCUUCUGAUGCUCUUGAGAGUUUCUUUGAGAUAUUCGAGAAUCCGGAGCAUGUCAAAUGUCUCAAGGAUGAUCCUAAUCUAGUCCGCUCCUUGGGUACGGCAUUCGAUGAACUUGUACGACACCACCCAGCUCUCAAGGCAUCCAUCAUGUCUGCUGUAAUUGUUAUGACUGCCCGUGUCAAUCUUCUCGCUAAAACCAAGGCGUGGAAAUCUGGUCUCGGCGCUAAGCUAUGGACGGAGGACUCUGAUAACAAGGUCAUUCUAUCAGGACCUGUUGCUGACCUGUUCCGCGAUAUUGGUGUUGCUUCUGAUGCCUCGAUGGAGCUGCCAUCGACCAUUGGUGUUCCUGAGCUCAAUGCCCAUACUCUCCCCAACGGUGGAAAGUUGCUUGUUGGUGAUGUGAGCCAGCUUCUCCCGUCACCCCAGGAGGACUUUGAGCCCAAGGAUCAAGAUGAGCAUGGCCUUAAGGUGGCUGAUUACCUUUUCCCCGCUAUUCGAUUCCUUGGUGCUUUCUUUGAGAACCAGCCCAACUGCACAUCAUUCAUUCAGGCCGGUGGUGCGGAGUUCAUCUUGGAUUAUGCUACGCUUCAGAGUCUGCCUUACGGCUUCCAUGGCACUGACCCUAAUCAAGAACUCACCGUACUUGUCCACAUGCUUGCUGAGACUAAGCCGCACCUAGUGAUUCCGUCGAUACUUGAGCGCGCACAGUCGGCAGUAGACACUCUUACUCCCUUCUGGAAUGACCCCAAAGAUUCCGGGUUCUUCACCUCAUUUACCCGGCCCCGCGAAUCCAAGGCGCCCGUUUCUGAACCUACCGAGGCUCUAUCUAAUGGAACAUUUUUUGUGAAGAACUUGAACGCGGCACUCGUUCUUACAGACAUGCUCCGUGAGAUUUUCGCUAUGCCUCUUUACCAAAGUCGAUCUGUGCAGCAAGUCUCUGCCUUUGGACAGGUCAACCUCGCUGACCGUUACUGCAACCUGAUCACUGGUCUUGGUAAUCUCCAAGCCGCCUGUGUUUGGGAGGCAAUUGUCAAUGAGAAGCUCAACCCGGAUCUCUGGACACAAGGCAAGAAGCCACUUGCCGGUAAACCUGACGCCGGUAAAUCUGCCGUUCCGGCAACUGGACCCGCUCAAGGUGCUGGAGAUUCAAGUACUUCUCGUCCUCCACAGGAAGGUGCCUCUAGUGCACCCGAGGGUUCAAAGACGCCAGCUGCGCAAGAGUCGGAAGGUGCUGACAAGAAGGUUGACGAAGAAAGCUCUGCUUUCAAGAAUGUCCAGACUCUUCGAUACCUCUUGGGCGCGGUGCCACUGACAAUUACUGGCUUUAUGCACAAUCUUGGUCUCGGUCUUAUUGGCAAGCGUCGUGGCGAUCCUUAUCAGAAAGGAAAGCAAAAUGCUAACAUGGUUGCUGAGGCUAUCGCUGAUUCUGUUCUCCGUGCUUUGCAGCUGAGUGCUCCUAACUCAAGCGCUAGCUCUCAAUAUCGAUUCCCCUACGUGAUCGUGAUCUUAUCUCAAUUUUCACACCUUCUUUACGAAGCAGCUGGUGACCGGCCGCAGCCAAAUUAUUUGACUCUUGUUCUUGUUGCAUUCAAGCGGAACAAGGGUCUCCAGGCGUUGAAGGAUCUGUGUGAGGUUUUCAUGGAGGAAGUCAACACCCUGAAGCCUUUGGACCGUGGUACGGAAACCGAUAAGGAAGUAUCCGAACAGCUUACGGCCGCCUACGGUGGAAUCAAGAUAAUCCUUGCCAUUUUCACCGAACUUGCUGCCGGAAAAAGCAUUGUGGAGUCAACCCAGACACAAGCAAUGACCAGUAAUCAUGAUCGCGAUCGUGGCCGUCCUGAUUACUUCCAGCCUGGUCAAUUCCAGGUUGAUCUUCGCAUGGAAAUCUUGCCCAUGGCUCAAGCAAUGUGGAAUUCCGACUUUGCAACUCAAUCUCAAAGCAUGAUUGUUAAAUUCCUGGUCGAUAUCCUUCGCUCGUCAAUGGAUGGAGAAUAUGAGACUGGCGCUGCUUCCAAGUCCGAUACUCCUCCUGCCUUGACCGAAGUACCGCGCAAGCCCUUCGUUGUCAACAAAGACCGCGAGGCAGCCUUGAAAGAAAAGGGAUUUGAAGAUCCCGAUUUGAACAAAGAGGCUCUCUAUCGCUGCAACAAUGUCUUGACUGCAGCGGAAGAAUACUGCAAAGCUCAGAAAUGGCUUCGCGCUCCUCCUCGCCUGCCUCCUCGCCCCACUGAUAUUCAGACUGGAUCAUCUGAGAACGCCUCUGGCGGCGAGGGCCUUGAAGAUACUGUUCCUGACGAUGCCAGUGCUUUCCCUCGUGGUUUCCUGGAGGCGCCUGCUCUGGCCAUGCUGCUUGCUCAAGCAACUGGAAGUUCCGCUGAUGACCCUAUGCGUUCUGCUAUCGAAGGCAAUGAGGACAUGGAUCCUACCAUGCGCGAUGGAUUGGCACGCGCACUCAAUAAUGUUAUCCAUCCUGAUACCCAAGAGAUUGACAUUGCUGAGCGAGGCAUUGAACGGGGCGAGUCAACACACCAACAAGGCCGCCCACAUUCUGGCCAGGGCCCCACCGAGUCUGCCAAUCAGACCCAAGAGCCUACGCGCCGUCGCCAGCUUGUCACUGUCGAGGAUCUUGAUGCUGAACGCGAGAAGGUUCGAUCUAAUCUAAUUGAGCGUUGUUUGGAUGUUCUUAAUGUUCAUCACGAUGUGUCCUUCGAGCUGGCGGAUCUCAUAUCGUCUGCGAUUAAGAAGCAUCGCGAACCGGAAAGCUUUCGCCGUGACAUCGGUGAGACUCUUGUUCAGUCACUGGUUUCAUUGCAGAUGGAGAACUUCCAAACAGCUGGAAAGAAGGUUGCCGCCUAUGCGCAUAUCCUUGCACUGGUUCUUCAAGAUCGAGACAUGUACAGUGCCACCUUGGAGGAGCUUAAGGACUGCUUUCCUACAUUCCUUGGAUUCAUCAAACUCCAUCCCCAGGAGAAGUCUGCUGAUGAGUCUUUCCCUUGGAUCGGCCAUGUGCUACUGACCCUAGAGAAGCUGCUAUCGGAUGAUUGCCAGCCUCCUCUAAUCACCUGGACUCCUCCAAAUCCAGAUGAGUAUAAGAAGUCCCAGAAUGAUCAAAUUGCGCGACUUGAAGAGCCUCUCAUCUCUCUCGAUGAGAAGACCCAGCUUUUCGAGGCCCUGGUUGACAUUCUUCCGCGCGUGGGCAAGGAUGAUACCUUGGCGCUUUCGAUCUGCCGUGUUCUAGUCAUUCUGACUCGUCAGCGCAGCAUUGCGGCUCGAUUUGGCGAGAAGCGCAACUUGCAGCGCCUCUUUGUCAUGGUCAAGCAGCUGGGCAGCUCUACAAAUGAGAAACUCCAAAGCUCAUUCAUGUUGAUUUUGCGCCAUAUCGUCGAGGAUGAAGCUACAAUCCGCCAAAUCAUGCGCAGCGAGAUUGUAUCCAACUUCACGAACAAAUCAACUCGUCAAAUUGACACUACUGGCUAUGUCCGCCAAAUGUAUCAUCUUGUGCUUCGUGCGCCCGAGAUUUUCGUGGAGGUGACCAACGAGAAGUUGAAGCUUGCGCGAUACGAAUCUCACCAGCGCCCACAAGCUCUUGUCUUGAAGGUUGAUCCGAAACUCAAUGAUCGCACGAAACAAGACAAAGAUAGUGGCGAGGGCAGCAGCAAGAAUGACACCUCUGCAGGCGAGCCAUCUACCUCCGAUGACAAGGACAAGAACCACGGCAAGACCUCAGAGCUAAAAGCGCCUGUGGUUGAGAAUCCGGAUGGUGUUAUUCACUAUCUCUUGUCAGAACUGCUCUCAUACAAAGACGUUGAUGAUAAGGAGGCCGCGGCUGAGCCAUCUGAGCAGCCUUCUGCUGAUCAGCCUGAGGCCCAAUCUCAAACUGAUGUUGACAUGUCUAUUGAUGAGCCAACCCCCUCGGUGUCAAGCGCUGCGGAUACCCAGCAGGCUAACAACAACCGCGUAUCUACCAAGAAGGGCGAGAAACCGCUGUUCAAUGCUGAGGAUCAUCCAAUUUACAUCUACCGAUGCUUCUUGCUUCAAUGCCUUACUGAACUUCUGUCAUCCUACAACCGUACCAAGGUUGAGUUUAUCAACUUCUCUCGCAAAGCUGACCCUCUGGUCAUGACACCUUCCAAGCCACGCUCUGGCAUUCUGAACUACUUGCUAAAUGUGCUUGUUCCUCUUGGCACUAUGGAGCACGACGAGUCGUUGGCAUUCAAAAAACGCAGUAUUACUUCAACGUGGACUAUGCAGGUUCUUGUUGCUCUAUGUACCAAGACUGGCGAGCACGGUAGCCCCGGCAGACGUCGCAAUGAACAAGCGCCCCUGGAAGAGGAUGAGCCGGAACUUGCCUUCGUUCGCAGAUUUGUGCUUGAACAUGCGAUCCGAUCUUACAAGGACGCCAAUGCUUCUACUGAGUCCUUGGAUAUCAAAUACUCCAAGCUGAUGUGUCUUGCUGAUCUUUUCGACAAGAUGCUGAGUGGAUACUCCUACUCUCAGGAUGCGGGCUUCCCAUCUUCAACAAGACAGUUGGCCAAGACCAUGUUCGAAAAACACUUCAUUCCUGCGUUGACUGCUUCCGUUGCCGACGUUGACCUCAAUUUCCCAUCAUCUAAGCGUGUUAUCAAGUACAUCCUCCGUCCUCUUAACAAGCUGACCCAGACCGCAGUGAUGCUCUGCGAUAACAAUGAUAUCCCCAAUCUGGGCGAAGCUGAUGAUGAUGAUAUUUCUUCUGCAACCUCAGUCUCUGACAUGGAGGAUGACCGUGAGGAGACUCCCGAUCUCUUCCGCCACUCUACACUGGGUAUGCUGGAGCCUCGCCACGACGAGGAAGAAUCUAGCACCGAAGAGUCAGAGGGUGAGGAUGAUGACAUGUAUGAAGAUGAAUACGAUGAGGAAAUGGACUAUGAUGAAGAAAUCAUCGAGGAUGAUGGUGAAGUUGUCAGCGAUGACGAUGAAGAAGGCAUGGGUCCUGUUGAAGGUCUUUCAGGAGAUGCUGUGGAGGUUAUCAUCGAUGAUGAUGACGAUGAGGACGAUGAAGGAGAUGAUGAAGAUGAUGAUGACGAGGAUGAUCAUUCGGAAAUGGAUGAAGAUGAUAUGUUCGCUGAUGAAAUCACUGGCGAUCACGACAAUGAGAGUCUUGGAGAAGGAGAAGACGAUCAAUGGGAGAGUGAAGACAUUACAGAGGAUGAAGAGGAAGCUGAAAUGAUGAAUCAGUUCGAGGAAGAGCUGGCUGACAUUCGUCAAUCCAACACCCAAGCGGCUCCUCAUCGCAUCGAUGAUAUUUUCCGUGUUCUCAAUGAUGCUGCUGCUGCUGCUGACGAUGAUAUGCAUGAAGAUCCCCUUGUAGGCGAUUUGCAUGGAGACCUCAUGGAUGACGAAGGAGAGGACGAUGAGGAGAUGGACGAGAUGGACGAUGAAAUGGAUGACUACGAUGACUACGACUAUGAUAUGGAUCAUGGCUCCGAGGGAGAAAUGGACGAUGACGACAUGAUCGAGCCUUGGGGCUGGGAGGGCGAUGAAGCCCCUCUACCCCGACCCCAUCAUCACCAUCGUUUCCGUGGUGGAGUCCCACCAGCUUGGGCUACUGUGACUGAAAUUAUGCCUGGUCGACACGGUGGUCUCUUGCCUGUCCAGCCUUACCCUCGUGUUCACCGCACUCAUGGCCAACCCCGUGGUAAUGACGACGGUACUAACCCUCUGCUAAUGCGCAAUGAUGCUGGCGGCGAUUCCUCUGCCCAGCGUCUCGCCCCCAACCCUAACGAUCCAUUUAGUGCCGCUGAUUGGGGUCAAGUUGAAGGCGGUGGCCGAAUGAUCCCAAUGGACAGUCCUGUCACCUUCAUGAAUGCUAUCAUGCAAGCCAUUGGAGGACAAAGUACUCCUGGCUUCGGCGUUGUUACUCGCCCCGAUGGCAUUCAUGUUCAUGUCGAUCGCCGCGCAAUGAUACCUCACCGUCUUCAGGAUAUGUUUGGUACUCUUGCUCGUGCCGCUCAGCCCUCAGCUCGUAGUCGUGACGAUCCUCACAAUGCCGUCAAGUUUUCUUUAUCGACCACCCGCAAUCGCUGGCAAGAAGAAGCCCGAAUCAUGUUCAGCGGCGCGUAUGUGGAGCGGACACAACGCAUUGUCAAUAGUCUGCUGAAGGUCCUGGUUCCACCUGCCAUGGAAGAGGCAAAGCAACGCCAGAAGCAGGCGGAGGAGGAGCGAGAGCGCUACCGUGAGGAACAGGCGGAGAAAGAACGCCUAGCACGUGUCGCCAGAGAGGAGGAGGAACGAGAGCGUCAACGCGAAGAAGCAGAAGAAAAUGCUAGAAUCCAAGCCGAAAGAGAACAGCAAGAAGCUGAGCGCCAUGCGGCCGGCAUCGAUGAUGAGCCUAUGGAGGAUGUCCAAGAAACUGGAGAACCUACUACUGCUCCUGUCAAUGAAGCUCCUAUUCCCUCGUCUAAUGAUAACCAAGACCAGCCGCGCGUUUACUACAAUAUUCGAGGCCGCCAGCUUGAUAUCACUUCGCUGGAGAUCGACCCUGAAUACUUGGAGGCUCUGCCGGAAGAACUCCGAGAGGAAGUUAUCCUACAGCAGGCUGUCGACCAGCGAUCCCAAGCUGCCGCUGCAGGCGAAGAACCAACAGACAUCAGCGAAGAAUUCCUCGAGGCUUUGCCCGCUGAAAUCCGUGAAGAACUAUUGCAACAGGAGGCUGCUGACCGGCGUCGACGUGAGCGAGAAAUUGCCCGUCGCCAGGCCGCUACUACUGGUGCUCCCCCUCGCGCGGAGGAUAUGGAUGCUGCUAGUUUCCUUGCAACACUUGAUCCUUCUUUGCGUCAAGCUGUUCUCGCUGAUCAGCCUGAGGAUGUCCUCGCCACACUGGGUCCCGAAUACCUAACAGAAGCCCGAGCUCUCGGCGGUCGUCGUAUUGCUCAGUUUGAGGAUCUUGUCCCUGGAAUGCAACGCCGCCCGAGAAUCGAACAGCCUGAAGAUCAAGAAGAGCCUAAGAAGUCUCAGCGACGCCAAAUGGUCCAAAUGCUUGACAAAGCUGGUGUUGCCACUCUCUUGCGGUUGAUGUUCAUGCCUCUGCAAGGUAAUUCACGCCACCAGUUGAAUGACAUUCUCCACAACGUCUGUGAGAAUCGCCAGAACCGCGGCGAGGUCAUCAGUCUUCUUCUUUCCGUGCUACAAGAUGGCAGUGUUGAUUCUUCUGCUAUCGAGCGCAGCUUUUCUCACUUGUCGCUCCGCGCAAAGGCUCCCAAUACACAAAAGACUCCACAGUCUGCCAAGCGCAAUAUUUCCCUUCAAGCGGCUUCCAGCAUUAGCAAUGAUGUGACCCCAAUCAUGGUCGUACAACAAUGUCUCGGAACAUUGUCUUAUCUCUCCCAGUUCAACCCCCACAUUGCUUGGUUCUUCUUGACCGAGCAUGACUCCGCAUCCUCUCUCAAGAUGAAGGCAUUGCGCAAGGGCAAGGGCAAGGAAAACCGUGCGAACAAGUUCGCUUUGAAUGCCCUGCUUUCCCUCUUGGACAGGAAGUUGAUCAUGGACAGCCCUAACUGUAUGGAGCAAUUGUCUAGUCUUCUGAGCAGUAUCACCCAGCCUCUUACGGUUCUGCUUCGCCGUGAAAAGGAGAAGCAAGAAGAGGAGGCCAAGACCAAGGGCAAGAAGAUCGAAGGUGCCUCCGCUGUGGAGCCUGUGACUUCAUCUAUCCUGUCAGAUGAAUCUGGAAUGGAUACAACUAUGACCGACGCUCCCCUGCCUACUGUUGAGACGGCUGAAGAGCAAGACACAGAAGCUGCCGCCGAGGGCGAGGACUCUAACAAGAACCCUGAAUCCACUGACCAGCCUGACGAGGAGAAACGCAAGCGUAAAUCCAUUGAGCCUCCUGUUAUUCCUGAUCACAACUUCCGUCUGGUUGUUCAUAUUCUUGCUGCCCGGGAAUGCAAUGGAAAGACUUUCCGUGACACACUUUCCACUAUCAACAACCUUUCUGCCAUUCCCGGUGCGCGCGAUGUGAUUGGAAACGAACUUGUGGGCCAGGCACAGACUCUGAGCGAUACCAUUCUUGCAGACUUGGAGGAUCUUCUUCCUCAUAUCCACCAAUCCAAGACUGGUACGGAUAUGCAAGGUUUGGCUUUGGCUAAGUUCUCUCCGGCCAGCUCGGACCAGGCGAAGUUACUGCGUAUCCUUACAGCCCUCGACUAUCUCUUUGACCCUGCUCGAGUUGAUAAGGCCAAGGGAACUGAGCCCGAAUCUGCUCCCAAGGAAGAUGUUCUCAAGAGACUCUACGAGAGUGCCACUUUCGGCCCCUUGUGGACCAAGCUGAGCGAAUGCUUGACCCUGAUCCGUCACAAGGAGAACAUGCUGAAUGUUGCUACCAUUCUCCUGCCAUUGAUUGAGGCCCUGAUGGUCGUUUGCAAGAACACUACCCUCAAGGACCAGCCCGUCUCUCGUGGCAGCCGCGAACUUUCAGUCCUCAGCUCUUCGGCCGACCCCGGUCUUAGUGUCGAGAACCUCUUCUUCAAAUUCACUGAGGAACACCGCAAGAUUCUCAAUGAGCUAGUUCGUCAAAAUCCCCGCUUGAUGAGUGGUACAUUCUCUCUACUGGUAAAGAACCCCAAGGUGCUCGAGUUUGAUAACAAGCGCAACUACUUCACUCGUCGUGUGCACUCUCGUGGUGCCGAACCUCGUCACCCUCAUGCCCCUCUUCAACUUUCCGUCCGACGUGACCAGGUCUUCCUUGAUUCAUUCAAGUCAUUGUACUUCAAGAGUGCAGAUGAGCUCAAGUAUGGAAAACUCAACGUGCGUUUCCACGGCGAAGAAGGUGUCGAUGCCGGUGGUGUUACCCGAGAAUGGUUCCAAGUUCUCGCUCGUGGCAUGUUCAACCCCAACUACGCUUUGUUCAUUCCCGUGGCAGCUGACCGCACCACUUUCCACCCUAAUCGUCUCAGUGGUAUCAACUCCGAACACUUGAUGUUCUUCAAGUUUAUUGGCCGCAUCAUUGGUAAGGCCCUCUAUGAGGGUCGCGUCUUGGACUGCCACUUCUCACGUGCUGUCUAUAAGUGCAUCCUUGGCCGCACUGUCUCCAUUAAGGACAUGGAGACGCUUGACCUGGACUACUACAAGUCUCUUCUCUGGAUGUUGGAGAACGAUAUUACCGACAUUAUCACUGAGACCUUUGCCAUUGAGACCGAUGACUUUGGUGAGAAGCAGGUGAUCGACCUGAUCCCUGAUGGCCAAAACAUUCCAGUCACUCAAGAGAACAAGGAGGAGUACAUCCAACGCGUCGUUGAGUACCGUCUAGUUGAGUCCGUCCGUGAACAGCUUGACAACUUCCUGAAAGGCUUCCAUGAAAUUAUUCCACCGGAUCUUAUUUCCAUUUUCAACGAACAAGAACUUGAGCUUCUAAUCUCUGGUCUACCUGAAAUCGACCCCGAUGAGUGGAAGAACAACACUGAGUACCAUAAUUACUCCGCCUCCUCACCACAGAUCCAGUGGUUCUGGCGUGCUGUUCGUUCGUUCGACAAGGAGGAGCGAGCUAAGCUCCUUCAGUUCGUCACCGGUACCUCCAAGGUUCCCCUCAACGGCUUCAAGGAGCUGGAGGGUAUGAACGGUGUGAGCAAGUUCAAUAUCCACCGUGAUUAUGGAAACAAGGAUCGUCUUCCAAGUUCACACACAUGCUUCAACCAGCUUGAUCUUCCUGAAUAUGAGAGUUACGAGGACCUCCGCUUCCGUCUUUACACCGCUAUGACGGCGGGCAGCGAGUACUUCGGAUUCGCUUAA